AUGGAGACAGCGAGAGUCUACGGGUAUAACGCUUCAUACAUCAUGAUUACCACUUACUGCUUUUUGCUACUAGUGCUUUAUUUCUUGUGCUGUGACAUGUACGCUUCAAUCUGUGAGGACUGUGUAACAUUGUUUGGUUCUCAACAGAUUAAUGUUGGCGUACAUGAUAUAAUAUCAUCUUAUGAUAUAGCGGUUUCUCGGAAUCCUGAAAUCUUUGAGGAACAACCCAGCAGCAUUGAUGCGUCUCGCUUUGCUCUCGCCAUCCCUGGGAUGGCACUGUUGGCGGGCUUGGCGCUCGCUGCUUUCUGUUGUUACCAGAUUAAAGGAUCCCGAGUUGACGACCCGGAAGAAAUCGUUUCGCUAGAAGACAGCAUGGAAACGGAACGCAGUAACGACAGUGAGGAUGAUGCAGACUUGGACAAUGAUGACGACCUGGACACCGAAAUUGACGACGACGAAGACAGCCUGGAAUUGGAAGAUGAAGAAGAUACCGACCUGGACAAUGAUGACGACUUAGAACCCGAAAUGGACGACGAGGCUAGGCUGGUAGACAGCCUCGAAAUAAAGGAAAUUGACGACACCGAAGAUGAACUGAGCACCGAAACGGAUGAAGAGAUGAGCCGAGAAGAGGACUUGGAUAAUUGUGAAGUCGCCGUAACACAAAUGGAACACCUCUGGAAAGAUGCUCAGCAGGAGAUCGAACUGCUCCGAAAGCAGCUACUGGAGAGAGAUCUGCUGCUUGAAAAGAAAGAAAACGACGGCAAGGAAAUGAAAAGUCAUUUCGAAAAGGAAAUAAAUAAGAGAGACGAAAAAAUCGUCAACCUCCUCCAACAAGAUGAACAAUUCAGAGGUGAAAAGUGCCUGUUGGAACAGGAUUUAAGAUUGGCUCGAGAUCAGCUGGAAACGACGGAAAGGACAAAGAAAGACCAGAUGUCGAAAAUAAACUCCCUGGAGAACCACCUGCAGGAAAAAGACCUCUUCCUCAAGAGGAGAAACGAGGAGGAGAGCGAGAUGAGACGGCUCUUCCAGCAGGAGAUAGCUGAAAAAGAGAGAGAGCUGGAGGCCACCUCACAGAAGGAAACAGAACUCAGCCUGAAAUUAAAGGAAAGUGAAAAUACUAAUGAGUUACUUGACUUGGAGAACGAAGAGUUCUGUAUGAUGACUGAAGAGUUGAGGAACGUUUUAGCUGAGAAAGAGAAGGAAGUCCACCUUCUGAAAGAAUCCCUCGCCUUUAAAACUAAAGAAUUAGAGGAAGGUCAAGACCAGCAUGAAAUAAUAAAGAGACGAGUAAAGGAAGUUGAGGAUGAUAACUCGACUCUCAGAGAAAAGCUGAGGAUCACUGAAGCGGAGAAUGUUAACAUUCAGCAGAUAUUAGGAGAUGAGCUUCAAGCGAUGAAGAACUGGGUGGCCGAACUAGGAAGAGAAAAUGCAAUGAGUAAAGAAGAGUUAGAAGGAAAGGAGCUAGAAAUAAUGUUACUGGAAGAAUCUUUAGAACAGAAGGACACCAUUCUGCAAGAUGUCCUUCAUCACUGGAAAGACACUGAAAAGUUGUUGGAAGGAGCAAAGGAAAAAGAGAAGGAGAUUGAGGCUUCUCUAACGACCUUAGAAGAAGAACUCCAGAAGAGGAACCUUCAAAUCGAAGAGUUCCUCACUAAAGAAGAACAGUCAAGGUGUGAACAACAAGAAUUCGAGGAUAAACUAGACCUAGCUCUCCAUUAUGCAAUGGAGCUGCAGACGUUGCUAAAGGACGCAGAAGAAAGGGAGAGGAAAAUCAAAGAAGAUUUAGAAGAACAGAGGAAUAAAAACCAUCUGUUAGCUAAAGAAAAGGAAGAAGAAGAGACUGAAAUAAGAAGGCAACAUCAGGAGAGACUGAGGCAAAAGGAAAAGGAAACAGAGAAGCAGCGUGAAUGCCUGGAGGAACUCCAGGAUAACUUGGAAAGCGCUCUGCGUCAAGAACAGAGCCUGGAACGCUUGCUGGAAUCUAAACAAGAAGACCUCAUCUGUUUGAAGAAGAAGGAGAGUAAAGCCCAGCUGGAAGUGCAGCGACUUCUCAAGGACUGCGAUAUGCUGAAAGAAGAGAUUCAGCUACAGGAGCAGAAUAGAAUGAGAGAAGAAAAACGUCUCAGGGAGCAGCUAAGAACACAGGAGGAGGCUUUGAGGGAACAUGACAAAUACAUGUUGAUGAUGUUUCUACAUGGGACUGCUCAGAGGAAUUUCCAGCUAGAACACAUUGCGCUGGAACAUGGAGACGUUAUGAUUGAAGAAGGAAAGAGAGAGAAGUGCACAGGAGGAACAAUAGGAAGGAAAGACACGGGGAGUGAGGAAGACCCCUGUGAGAAGGCCCGUGAGACAGAAGAGAAACAACGUAAGGAGUACUGGAAUGCACAGCGGGAGAAAAACGAGGAUUACGAGAAACAAUGGGAGGGCCUCAAGAACAUUGUGGAAGAUGUUCUUCACGGAGAUGAAUAA